UUUUUUAAACGAACCUUUGAAAAAACACACCAGGAUGCAGCAUGUUUGGUUCGUUUGCAAAAAUACUUUCCAUCAUAUGCAUAUUAAACAUGCAUUAACACUAAAUUACCGUAUAAUGAUGUUAAAUAAAAUUUUACAAAAAAAGUAACUAUCUAUGUACAAUAUUAUUAAUAUUAAUGAUCUCGCAUGUGUGUAAAUGAAACAGUGAGAGAAGUGGUGUGUUGGCAAUGAUUAGAACGAAAUAGUUCCAUAGCCAAAAAAUAUAUUUUUUGACUUUCCGCGUGUAUUUAAGAAUUUGUUUGGGUAUUUGUUAAGUUUGAACAUUUUUUUAAAUCUCUGGUGAAAUAAAAACGUUAUGUUAACGGUAAAAAAAUAUUACGUGCCGAAACCGUGGUCGCGCAUUAAUAAUGUUAAUAGUCACUUGUUUGUUUUCUCUUUCAGCCGUUUGUCUGCAGUCUGCAGUCUGUACGCCAUAUUGCAGUGUGUUUUAAUAUAUUACUGACCGUGAAAUAACGUACAGUUUGUGUUUCAGGAUUUUGUGUUAAUAUUGUGUAUUUUAACUUUGUUAUAUUAUUUAUUAUCUACUAUUGUAAUGAUGGAAUUUGUUAUCGUUUUGAUAUUUUGUGUGGUUCUUGUGAUUGCUGUAAUGGUAAUUGGUUCCGGGAUGGGGAAAGCUACUUCGUCGCAGCGUCAGAUGGACAUCAUUAACGUCGCUCAGAACUUAUAUGUUUUAAUUAGAAAAGGCGACUUGAAGAAAUGUGACGUUACGCAGACGACCGCGUUUCUUCUCAACAUCGCAAAGUCAACUGUUCUCAAGUACUACAAGAAAGACAUUGAAGAAGUUUCAACACCAGGAAAAAAGAGGAAAAAAAGGCCACAGGAAGGAAAGUCACUUGACACAGUCGACGAUUUCACAGUAAAUGCAAUCAGGAAUGCAAUUUACAGGAUGUACGCUGAAGGUUUGAAUGUUACAGUCGACACCAUUUUGAAAGAAAUCAGGGAAAGACAAAUAGAUUAUUAUGGUGGAAGAUCAAGUCUUCAUAAAUUGUUAAAGAAGAUGGGAUUUUCAUGGACAACUGUUGAUGGACGAAAAGCUUUGAUAGAGAAUGAAAACAUAGUAUUGCAGCGAAUAGAUUUCUUGAGAAAGUAUAAAGAAGAAAAAGAAAGAGGUGCCAAUUUCAUAUUUGUUCAUGAAACAUGGAUUUUCCAGAGAGGCAAGGCAUUAAUUUAUUUGAAAAUUUGUUCUGUGGUCCAAUACAAAGUAUUUCAUUUCCAUUUCAUAUAUUUUUCAGGAACUGUAUCAAAGUCAUGGCAGGACAAGAGUCUACAAUCUGCGAAGAGACGUACUGUUGGAGAUGGUAAAAGGUUUAUUGUUGUUAAUGCUGGAGGGCGCACUGGCUUUGUGCCAGGAGCAGGAUUACUUUUUGUUUCAGGUCAGAAGACUGCAGACUACCAUGGCGAGAUGAAUGGGGAAACUUUCUUGAUGUGGUUUGAAGACAUGUUGGUGCAUCUUGAGGAACCCAGUGUCAUCAUAAUGGACAAUGCUUCAUAUCACAGCACCCAGGUUGAGAAAACACCUACAACGAACUGGACCAAGGCUGCACUGAUCGCGUGGCUGGAGAAGAAUGGGAUAAAACAUGAAAAUAAUUUGUUGAAAGUGGAGCUGCUGAGAAUAGCUAAACAAAACAAGCCCCGAAUACGAUGGGCGAGGUGUGUGGAUCACGUGGAGAAGCUAAUUCAAGCAGACUGGGAGAGAGAAGUCCACAUAGACAGCGGCACCAUUCCUCCACUCAUCAUCCACCUCGGCGAGGAUAGUUCAAGUGAAGACAGUGACAGCGAAGAAUUUGAGGUUACGACACAGCAAGUAGAUGGAGACAGUGAAGUACUGGCAGUUCCUCUUGAUGAUUUACCCGGGUGUUCUUAUUGAGGUCUGUAUGUAAUAAACACCUGGGCAACUGUAAGUAUUGGGGUUUGAAACAUUUUUUUUUCUUUUAUGCAUUCCCAUUAAGUAUGUUGAUUACUGGAACUUUAUGUAUUAACUUUAUAUUACACGUAUUAUGAAAUUAAUAAUAAAUUUCAUUUCUGGAUUCGUAUAGGUGUAUGUGAAACAUUUUAUUUUGUUGUGUGUCUUCAUUUUUCAGUGAACUUACUUGGAAAACAAAAAGCCAGUCCCCAUCCAGGGCCACAAAUAAAUAAUGCAUAUAAGUGGUAUAGAAAUUACUGUCAAUUCUUCACCACAAUUUUACUGUUCAUAAAAUUAUGAUUUUGUCUAAUAAGUAUACUCAGGAAAAUGUAUAUAACCAUAUUUUUAUUUGUGGCCUUAACCGGCAAAAUGGUAGGGGUUUAUUAAAUAAAAGAAGAAAAUUCAUUUUUAAAUGUUUUCAUCUGAAUUUGUUAAUUUUAUUAAACCUUCAAUCCUUAGUCUUUUCCAGAUUGCUUAGAUGGACAGCCAUAUGUAUAAUUUACAAUACUUUUUUUUUCAGAUGCAGAAAACUGUGUUGAACUGUACUAAAUGAUUAUAUUUAUUGCUUACAUAAAUGUUGUAAAUUUAUAUAUUCUCCUAAAAAUUUACUUUAAAUUAUAUGUUAUUUCUUUAGCUAACAAACUUAUUUUUUAAUAUUUUUACCAUUGGGUAUCAUAAAUAAUGUUAUGAACAUAUACAUGUAUACUUAGAUCAUAUUCAAAUUACUUAUAUAUAUAUAUAUAUA